AUGUCGCAUCCCAACGGUCAGCAGGCACACUACGGCCAGUCUGACAACCCGCCCAGCUCGCAGCCCACCUCUCAGCCGGCUGCCGGUCGCUAUGACAGCUACGCGUCUCAACCAAACCCCGCACAGAAUCAGCAGCUGCCCCGGCGAAUGCCAAGCUACAAUGCCGGAGAUGACUCGUCACUGCUGAAUACAGCGCGACUGCAGUCCACAAGACCCGCCGAUGGAAGCGCACGAUACGCCGUGCAAGGUGGGUAUGCAGCCCAAGGGGCUUACAACGUCACGCCCGCGGGAUACGGCGAAGACACCGGCACCGACUCGGGCUUCUCGCGCUCCUCAUCGGACCGGUCGCGCAUGUCGCCUACGCGCGCCACCUCGCACGCGAGCAUGUCUAGCUAUGGGUACCGGUACCCGGGAUCCUCGGGCCAACCGGCCUAUAACCCACAGCAGUACGCCCUCCCGCAGUCGCAGACUCAGCCGAACCUGAGCUAUAACCCUUUGUCAUAUACCACUUCCAAUAGCUCCUAUACCUCGUCCGUUUCCAACCACCAACCCUAUAACCCAGCUGCCUACCAGCCGGCGGCAUUCGCGAGCGUGGCAUCGCCAACUCUUGCGCGACGACCCAGCGAGGUUUCCCCGUAUUCACAGACCCCGCCGACUCCCCAGUCCUACGGUUUCUCGCCUCAGUCUGCUCCAUUGCCUCCUCCUCGUGGACCGGACCAUCCAUAUGGAUCGCGACCCUCCCCAUAUGGAGCCUCGCCCGUUAGCACAGGCCAGCCGAUGGCGCCCCCAAUCUCAACCUCGUACCAAACGAUCUCAUCUCCCACCUCGGGCUCAUAUGCGACGUCGAAUUCCCCCUCGGGAGUCUAUAUGCCCCAGGCGACUCCUCGUACUUAUUACCCCACACAGGGCUUCGGAUCUGACUCGCCGUACCCCACUCACACUCUUCCUCCCGUGACCAGUGGCUACGACGAUCAGCCUCCCGAGCCGCCUGUUCACCAGUCCCAAGGAAAUGGAUUCUAUAGCAAGCACUCGAGCCUGUCCCACUCAUCAUCGGGUCGGACGCUACCAACUCCGCCAGUGCAGCAGCAAAACGAUCUGCCUAUUAUCCCACCAAGACGAACUGAUACCCUGACCCGACACCCGCAAUCACGCCCAUUGCCUGGACCACCGCCGGAUGCCGACAGUGAUCUUGACGGACCAUCUCGUGGGGAUAACUCGCACGUCAACGAUGAUUUGAUCAAAGAAAUCGAGAGCACACAGGCCAGUUUCCGUCGCCACAGCUCAAGGACGUCUCAUCGUGGCUCCGCAUCGCAUAUGCACUUGUCUCCUGACGAGCAGCAUACUCAUACCAACGGAAACAUGGCAACUGGUACAGGUCAAUAUGUCAUUUACGAUGCCUAUAGUGACGAGAGCGAUGCGGAGGCCGAGGCAGGAAUCGCGAUGCUUCGCAUGGCGGAAGAGGAGGAGAAGGCCCGCCAAGAACGGAGCUACCUGCAGGGGCGGUCUCGUGCCGACACAAGUGCCUCGAUGCGCAGUACUCGUUCUCACGGUUCUCAGAUCUCGCCCGGAGGCCCUUCCCCCAGGGCCCCCUCGCCGAAUCAACCUUCCCCGAGGGGUCAUUCCCCACAUUCUGAGACUUUGGAUGAUAAUGAAUUCAUGGGCCAUGAUUUGGCGUUGUAUGGAGGAGGCUAUCAGGGCAAUUUGCACUAUGGCGAAGGGCCAACUUAUAGUUCGGAGGAGUACUCAGAGCCUACCACAAUGGGUGGAUUUCCCGGAACAUCAGGCUCACUCAGAAGCUCGAACAUCUCGUCCAACGAGCGAGCAGAAUAUUCUGACAAUUAUGACCACCCGCAGAUUGCGUAUGAAUAUGCCAAUCGGCUCCAUCAUCUUCCUCCGGAUGCGAGGGUGGAUGCUGGUGGCACGGGAGGUCUUUCGGCACCGGGUACAUUUGAUCGGCGGAUGAGUUAUGAUUACGGCGAGGAAGGCGACAGUUCUUAUGAACAGCAACAGGACGAAGACCUUUCUGGCGAUGAAAGCCCGCAUAGGGCUGCUCAUGAAGAUCUGUUCUUCCACCCCGGGAUGCGUCCUCUCCCUCCAGCCCCCGUUGAGCCAGCCAACCAAACCGAACUCUACACGCAUCUCAUGCCUGCAGGCACGUACCGACCAUCGGAACAAGACGAGAUGCAGGGUUACACACAGUAUAGACACCCCUCCUCACCGACAUCAGCGGACUAUGAAGAGACUUUGCUCAGUCCAUCCCAAGUUCCGCGGUCGUCGUCCCUGUCGACACCGAUUGGACCUCGUACUGAUCCGCCUAUCAGAUCCAAGACCGAUGCGGAUCGUGCCAAGUACAAGCAGCAGCAGGAAUUCCUGUGGUCGCUCCAACAGAAGGAGCUUCCCAGGAUCGAUCCGGCAGAGGCGGCUGCUACUAUGGCUUUGGAUCUGCCCACUAUCCCUGCCAGCCGUCGCAAGAAGUUCAUUCCUACGAAAUUGUCUUCUGAACAGUUUAAGAAGUGUACCGAACCGUGGGCGCUGAGCUCGAUUCUUUCUUGGGUGCGAGACCUCAGUGAAGACGAAACCGAUCUCCGGAAGAGUUCUGUUGUGGAGGCAAUCGUGGCCUUGUUCACACACAAGGUUCCGACGAUGAAUAUCGCGGAUGCCGAAACCUUGGCCGCUCGCGUUGUGGGCAGUAUGCUUGAUGAAGGAGCGUUGGUCAAGGAAGAAGAAUGGGUCAAAUUCAGCUCGGGAACAAUCUCGGGUGUCCUGUUUCAGGUCACUGGCACUGGUUGCUACUCCUCAAAACUGCACGAACGAGAAAUGCGCAUCCAGGAUACCGACUCUUACGGACGUUGCUAUUCUCAUCACUGCAUGAGGACGUUAAAGAAGGUCAACCUGAAGGCUCAGAUGAUGGCACCUCAGAAGAAGGCCGAGGACUGGGUCACUUUCUAUAAGAUUCCCAAGGAAGUGUUCGACUCUCACCCUAAGAAAGAGAUUGAACGACAAAACACCUUGCACGAGAUCGUGACCACAGAAGAUUCUUUCAUUGCACAGCUGGAUGUCUUGCGAGAGCUGUACCGAGAUCAGCUGGCGAACAUGAAUCCUCCGAUUAUCUCUGCCAAACGAUUGAACAAGUUCUUGCACGAUGUCUUCGGCAAGGUCGACGCAGUGAAAAAGGCCAACGAAGACUACUUGCUGGCACAGCUGAAAUAUCGUCAGAAGGAGCAGGGACCGUUCAUCACGGGUUUCAGUGACAUUUUCCGAGAAUGGAUUCGCAAAGCCAAGAACACAUACAUCGAUUAUGCGGCGACUUUCCCGAGUGCAAACUACUAUGUCCGCAAGGAAGCCGAGCGCAACAUCCACUUUAAGCAAUUCUUGAACCAAGUUCGCGAUCACAAGUUGUCAAACCGUCUCAGUUGGGAUACCUUCCUGAAAGCCCCCAUCACUCGAAUCCAGCGAUACACUCUGUUGCUUAAUACCGUUCAUCGGAAUAUGCUUAAGGACUCGGAAGAAAAGACCAAUCUGGCACAUGCGAUUGAGGAGAUUAAGAUUGUGGCCUUGGAGUGCGACAACAAGGUCGGCGAAAUGAACAAGAAGGCAGAUCUCAUGGAGCUGGCCGCCAAGCUGCAACUCCGACCCGAGAUGAAGAAGGAAGUCGAACUCAAUCUCGAGCACCUGGGUCGCGAGAUCAUCUUCCGGGGCGAUCUUCAGCGCCCAGGAACUCGAACCCGAUUCCUUGUCGACACACAUGCUAUUCUUUUCGACCACUACUUCGUUCUUGCCAAGACCUUUACCACACGAGACCCAACGCGUACGUCCAAGUAUGAGCGGUAUGAUGUAUCGAAGCUCCCCAUCCCCAUGGAUCUUCUCGCCUUGGAGAGCACGAGCGAUGACCCUGUUGUCAAAUCCUCUGUCCGCGGUGUUGCAACCGUUACACCCCAAGGUGGCGUGAGCCCAUUGACCCAUGCUGGCCCCGGCACCUCUACGAACGGUGCGAGCGCCGUUCUCGACAACAAGGAUGACAAGAUCUUGUAUCCGUUCAAAAUCAAGCAUCUUGGAAAGGAUGGUACCUACGUUCUCUACGCCUUCUCUGCUUCAAGUCGCAGAGACUGGUGUGAGAAGAUCAUCGAAGCGAAGACGAAACACGCCGCCGCUUUGUUUUCACAGAAUGCGGAGCCCUUCCGUCUACGGGUGCUUGCUGACACGGCAUUUGCCUACUCCGACCAGACUUCUGGCUCGAAAAGCAUUACUAUCAAGGGCACACCACUCCACCGGGCGAUCAAAGAAGUCGAGAAGAAAUAUGAAGGGUCUGGGUCUCGACCCACGCCGAUUUGCAGAACGGGCGUCAACUGUGCCACGGUGUUCCAGCAGCCUCCUGGGCGGCAAAUGUGUGCAGUGGGAACCGAUUACGGAGUCUACAUGUCUGAUCUUAACAACCCGCGUGGUUGGUAUCGGGCAAUUCCUAUCAUGCGUGUGACUCAAAUUGCGGUCUUUGAGGAAUUCAACCUCUUCUUGCUCAUUGCGGAUCGAUCUCUCAUCGCAUACCAUCUUGAUGUGGUGUGCCCUGCGAGUGGAGUUUCCUCUCAAUCACAAGACUCUGCUCGUCGAGCCCCGCAGAAGCUUUCUGGCACCCGAGAAGUUGGCUUCUUUGCUGCCGGCCGGAUGAAGGAUCGAUACUUGGUUCUUUACAAGAAGCGAGAUGGGUUGUCUUCUACCUUUAAGGUUCUUGAGCCCAUUCUCCAAAAAUCGGCUUCCAGCCGGAGCCGGUUCUUCCAAUCACGCCGCUCCCAGACCGAGUUCUUCCGCGAAUAUGAUGAGUUCUACAUCCCUGCUGAGAGUUAUGGCAUCAACAUGUUUCACUCCUCUCUUGCAAUCUCCACCCAGCGCGGCAUCGAAGUUCUCACUCUGGAUAAGAAGCAGUCCUGGUCAGUGCCGGACUUCCGGUCUGAAACUCCGGAUGCCUCCGACACCCUCCAGAGCAUCGCCCACCGCAUCAAGGACCUCCGACCGCUCGGGAUGUUCCGACUCAGCGACAGCGAGUUCCUCGUCGCCUACCAGGAAUGCGCGGUGUAUGUCAACAAGCACGGCGAUGUUUCGCGCAGUGUGGUCAUGGAAUUUGUUGGCAGCGCGCAUACCGCUUGUCUGCAUGGUAAAUUCCUUAUUCUCUUUAAUGACGACUUUGUCGAGGUUCGUAAUGCCAUGAAUGGUCGCCUCCGACAGGUCAUCCCAGGCCACAAUGUUGUUUGUCUUGACGAUGGCAGCAAGCUCCCUGGCUCGUUCGGCCAAGCCAAUGCAAACACAAACGCAUUCUCUAGUUCACCCAACGGAAUGUACAGUGGUUCAGCACAGCACAACGUCAAGAUCUGCAUGCAACACCCCGAGUACGAGCGCAGCCAGAUCGUGUUGGAAUUGGUUGAAAAUGAAGGGCAAAAGGACUAA